GUGUCCCAUGUUGGUUUUUUUGGUCCUUGCCGGUCCGUUCCUUUUGCCGUCUUCGCUGCUUCGAAUCUUGUAGCUUUGAUUCGUUGUAGAUUUAGUAUAUUAGAUACACAUACACCAGACUUCUUUCCAGUCAGUCGUAUGGUUGCUUCCGCAUAUAUAGCAGUUGGAUGUUUCUUGAACUGUUAUUUACUUGGUUCAAGGACACAUGCGUAUUGUUGA